CGAAGGCCUUUCAACACGCUCUGCAAGCUGCCCGUCUGCCAUCGAGCCUAUUCAUGCUGUGGCCCUGAUUUCUCUCAUUGUCCACAGACCUUUAUUUAACCAUACAUCUGUUACUUCUAUCUUUAUUAUUCUUCUAUCUUCACAGAACUAUUUCUGAGUUUCCUUAUCUUGGAAUAGGGUCUGUGACACAUCAGACAUUAUAUUAAGGCUCGUCCAGAAUCCAGCCAGACUGUGAGUGAGAUCAAUCCCUUUUAUAACCUCAUAUCGUCAAACCUGUCUUAAUAUUGGAGUCUGAAUCAGUCCCCUCUGUACCUCUCUUGACGAAAUUCCCCAGCAAGGUAUGUGUACCCCUCAGGCUAGGGCUUUUCCUCCCCACGUCUAAGUUGUCCUUAGGGUCCGCCGGACAAAAUGACUUACUCCAUCGACGGGGUUAUGGCAGAGACCUUAAGCCACCUUAACCGCAUUUCGUGCCAUUUCCGGAAGCAUGGGCAGUACAAAUCUGCCAACGAGCUCGGAAAGCUAAGCAUCAUGAUUGUCAAUGCAUUCUCCGAGGGCCUUGAGAAUAUCCCUGCUAGCGAGUAUGCACUGGACCAAUUGAACGAUGGCAGUUUGAAUGCCAGAGCUCAGCCUCUUGCUGCCCAAAACACGAUUCAGAAGCAAGCCGUCGCCGCUCUUAUGAACGAGGUGGAGAAGGAGAAUAGGGAGGGCGUUAGCUAUAAUGGUCAGGACAAUGCGUUGCAGAGAAUCCAGCUGCAUGGUGGACAGCCCCCGUCUGGAAGCUGGGCUCAGGUCGCCGGUUCGGUCACUCAGUAUAUGCAGCCUAUGCCGAUGAACGCGCUUUCUUUGUCCAAACAGAGCCAGAACAGCGAUGAUGAGGAGGCUGAAUAUCAGAUGCCACUUUCAGGAGUUGCACUUCCUUCCCUGUCCCCGGAGCUCCCGGAGGCAAAGGCCGGCAUUGUUCGAAUUCAUGGAAAGAUAUCCAAGGAUAUCAUCCAAUUCAUCACUACCCGGAUCCAUGAGGGACCAUUGCAGGAUAUUCGCAUUGAGUCCAACGACAGGACCCGCAUUACCUUUCAGCAUAUAUCUCAAGCCUUGGUGUUUUUGAAGUCCAACCAGGAUAUGGAGCAGAUGCUGGGAUUUGGACGUUUUGGCAACGGAUAUCGCGUUGAACUGGCCGAGAUCGUCGAUUGGAACGAAGACCAUCGUCGCAUGAACCAGCCUGUCCGCGAGCGUCGCCGUCUCUCCUUUGCGAGAAAGAGACUGUUUGCCGACAACAUGUCUCCAGAGAAAUGGAAAUCGGACAUUCGCACUCUGGCCGGACCAGGAAACAUUGAUUUCCUGUGGGUCUUCAACUCUGGUAACGCGACUGCCGUCUUCACGAGCACCAUUGUUGCUCGCAAAGUUUUGGAAGUUUUCAACAAGUGGAAGAAUGGCCGAAACGUCUACAACGGAGUUUCCGUGACCUUUUCCUCGGAUCCCUGCGAAAAGGAGUUGGUCUUGGUCAAGGAGACGACCCGUCCGGCCAUUGCCAAGAAUUUGGCAAAGAGGUCCAUCCGUUGA